UACUGCCUUCAUCACUGCCCUGCAUUUUUAGCUUGCCAUCAGAGAAGUCCCCAUGGCAUUACUGAUGAAUUACCUGAUGUGUUUGGUUGCUCUAUCACUGACAGUGACCACAAGCCAUGCUUUGAGAAGAAUCACCCUGAAGAAGAUGCCAUCUAUCAGAGAGACACUGCGGGAGAUGGGUGUUUCUGUAGAGCAAGUGUUGACUGAGCUGGCCCAGGAGAGCAAAGUCCACAACAACGGGACUGUUCCCACACCUCUAACCAACUACUUGGAUACUCAGUACUUUGGGGAAAUCAGUAUUGGCUCUCCGGCCCAGAUGUUCAACGUGGUGUUUGACACAGGCUCAGCCAACCUGUGGGUGCCCUCGCAAAGCUGCUCACCUUUCUCCACCGCCUGUUUUACUCACAACAGGUAUGAUGCUUCUAAAUCCUGGACUUAUGUUGAGAAUGGAACCGGAUUUUCCAUCCAGUACGCCUCUGGAAAUGUCAGGGGUUUUCUGAGUGAAGAUGUGGUCGUGAUCGGGGGUAUUCCUGUGGUGCAGGUGUUUGCUGAAGCCACCUCUCUGUCUGCCAUGCCCUUCAUCUUCGCAAAGUUUGAUGGAGUCCUGGGGAUGGGUUACCCCAAUUCGGCCAUUGAUGGCAUCACUCCGGUGUUUGACCGCAUCAUGUCUCAGCAUGUCCUCAAGGAAGAGGUGUUCUCUGUCUACUACAGCAGGGAUCCAAAACACUCCCCAGGUGGAGAGCUGGUCCUCGGCGGCACAGACCCAAACUACUACACUGGAAACUUUAACUAUAUGGACACGAGAGAGAUGGGAAAAUGGGAAGUUACGAUGAAAGGUGUUUCUGUUGGAACGGAGACGGUGUUUUGUGCAGAAGGCUGCACAGCUGUGAUCGACACGGGCUCUUCAUACAUCACAGGCCCAGCCUCCUCUGUGUCUGUGCUGAUGAAAACCAUCGGAGCACAGCUGGAUGAAAGUGGAUACAAAGUCAACUGUGACACAGUCAAGAUGUUGCCCAGUGUCACCUUCCACCUGGGUGGCCAGGAGUACUCACUCACUCAGGAAGAUUACAUCUUAUGGCAAUCACAGAUCGAAGGGGAUGUCUGCACCGUCACAUUCAGGGGCUUGGAUGUGCCGCCCCCUACAGGUCCCAUCUGGAUUCUGGGGGCUAACUUCAUUGCCCGCUACUACACAGAGUUUGACCGUCGCAAUAAUCGGAUAGGCUUUGCUACAGCAGUCUGACAGGAAGUUAAACAUUAGCUGUGCCUGAUUUCCUCCAUUAUUUUUGCUGCUAUCUCCCAAAAUUUUCUUGAUACUUCUUUGUCCAAUCCUCCCCUCCUUUGCAUUUUAUGAAAAUUCAUGAUCGAAAUAAGUCUGUUUUUAUAAAAAAUAGUAAAGAGUGCACAUAAAGGAAAUCAUCCUCACAUUUCUCGCAAAUCCUGAUCUUCUAUUAUAUACUAUAUUUUGUACCAGUUGCACUGAACACCCUCUGAACAUGUUUUUAUUUGUAAGCAUUUAACAGCAAAUUUGUGUGUGAGUCUGCUGACUACUAUCAUAAAGCAAUCCAUAUCU